AUGAGUUUGUCACAACAAUUGAAGCAGAUCAAUGAAAAGUCUGCUUCGGUGGCUUUAGACAGAAAGUCCCGUUCUAAGCUUCACUCCAAGUCGCUCAUUUUUGCUCCAAAGGUUGCCGCAACUCAGGACUAUGACUACCUUCAUCUGGUUGGAGUUGAUGGUUUGACUGAAUUAUGUACCAUUGACUCUCGCUUUUUGAAGUUUCAGCAGACUUUGUUUGCCGACUCCACUGUCAACUUUGAUAGAAAUGUCCAGACCAAAGAGAUUGUAGAUAACUUGGACGCUUCAAUCGCAGCAUUCUUGAACCUUGUGAGUCCAUUCUACCCAUUAAGUCCUGCUGUCAAGGCUGUGGAAUGGCUUGUAAGAAGGUUCUACAUCAACAUUCAUAAUUCUGAGGCUCUCAUCCUCACAUGCUUGCCCCAUUAUCAACUGCAGAUCUUUGCACGAGUCAUGAAUGUCAUACCAAAAAGCCUGUGGCCGCCCAUAUUUAAUUGGUUGAAUGGGUAUAGGGAUAUGUCAAAGAACCCUCCUAGUAGUUCCAUAUUAAAGGCAUUCAGGAAUGACUAUCAACUAUUCAAGCUUUACUCCGAAUACAUCACUCAACAGGUUCUGGUGGAGACUGUCUACAAAGAGCAGCUUGUAUUCUAUUUGACCAACACAAUUCAACUCCUAGCAUCGUACAGCACUGAUAUCGAAAAAUUGAAUGAGGUUUACUUGCCUGUCAUUCUCGAAGUCAUAGGCAAGUUUUUGCUUGCGCUGAACACCAGUCUUGAUCACGAUAUCAAAAUCGCUGCAUAUACUCUUAUGUCUGUCGUUGUGUCUUUGGUUCCUUUGGCAGACGAUGUGCAUAUUUCUUUAACCCGGUCCAUACUACAAGUACCUGGUGCAUUCGACCCUCAACUCAAGAGACAGACUAUGAUCAUUUUAGCUCAAACCUGGCAACGUUAUACUGGAGCUAAAUUCGACUUUGAAUUUUUCAACACAAUUCCUCUCGACUCGCUACUCAAAGACAAUUUGUUGGAGUCCUUGGUACACGAGGGGUUUGAUUUCAAUAAUUUUCUCCUUGCAUUAAUCUCAUCCACAAAUGAUAAAAGGACAUUAUCGCUUGCGAAGCUUUUCAAAAUAGAGCGUGCAAAUGAGGCAGUAGCCACUACCUUCAUAUCCCGUUUGAUAGAUGCUGCAAGCUUCAAACCUGACACCGAGGCUCGUGCUCUGAUUGUGGCAGCUUUCGAGGCAAUGCUUGCAGGUUCGAGAGAUACCUUGGUUGAAUAUUUGGGUUCCAAGAAAGAGCCAAUGUCUCUUGCUGACCUUGAAAUGGUGUUACUUACUACUUUGUCUUCGAGUGACGUUGAUGACUCUGAGAUUAACGUUGCCCAAUCUGACGAGGUCCAAGAGGCCAAUGGCUCGUCAAAUAGUGAGCCAGUGACUUUGGAUGGAGUCAAGUCUCACACCAAGUCAUUCUUGUUUCAAUGUGAAGACUUUAAUGAUUUAUCGAGGCUCCUUGUUUCUUUCCUCGCACCGUUCGAAUCCAAUUCGUAUGCCAACCAGAUUGCAAAGUUCUGUGCGGCUGUCUUUACAGGGCCCAAUGCUUCCAUCACCUUUACUCUUCGCUGUUCUUUGACUCCAAUUAUACCUUUGAAGGUACGUCUCGCCUGUUUAAUUUGCUUGAAGAGAAAAUUGAAAGAGCUUGCCAAGUCUGGUGACACCAAACUUCAUUUGAUUCUCCCAAUUCUCAUCUUAGGAUUGUAUGAUGAUCAUCAGAGCAUAAGAGCAGGUUUCGCUGAAAGCAUACACUCUCUUUCCACUCCUUCAGCAUCGAAGAAUGCAAGCAUAUUUUUGGAGGACGAAAUGUAUGCAGAUGUUGCAGCAAGCAACAAGGUUUUGAUUUCGCCCAAGGAUGGUGACAGCCUUAUCAACUUACUCACCUCAACGGAUUCACUUCUCAAGGAGACUGUGUUGGACAAAACCCGCUUGGUUUCGGUGUUGUUUGAGGUGGUUUUCAAAGCGCAACAGCCCUCCAAAAAGUUUGGUUUGGUAUGUCAAACUUUCUUCAUCGCCCAAUGGUCUCAGCUACCAUUUGCAGCCGUAUUCAAGAGCCUUAUUUUCAAGAUCAUGUCUGGAAGAAAUAUAACAGCAGAAUGUCCUAGUCGUGAAAGCUUCAUCAAGGGCGACGUUGCUGGACUUUUUAGCGGCUACGAAGCCUGGAUGGCCUCGGCUCAAGAGAGCAAGCUUGAUUUUGAAAGCGACAUUGUUCUGCCUCUUGUAAACUUGGUGGGUGGUCAAGACGAGCUUUCUACGCCAAAUUCACUGGAAAUUGAUGAGGUUGGUUGGCUCAUAAAAGCCACUGAUUUCACUAAAUGCCCAGUUAUUCAGGUGGCUGCGACAAAAAGAGUAACCCAAGUAUUUGAGUUUCUCAAACCGGAAGAUAAGGUUCGACUUUAUUCAAAAUUUAUUGAAUUACAAGCCUCAGACGACGAGCUUAAUUUCGACGCACAAGAAAUCUUGCAGGCCAUGCCUCUUGAUUUCAAUUCGGCACUCACUUUACUCAAAAACUUCCAGUUAGUUGCACAAAUUCCAGAGCAACAGAUUCCUAAAAGAAGAAGACGGUCUUCCAACUCCAGCAAACAGACGAUGGCUCAUGAAGAGUUGGUUAGCAUUGCUUCUGUUCAUCUUCGGAAACUCACAAUAGUGUUGGAUCUUUUGGAGUACAACUUGCGCAAGAAUUUGAAAGAGAUCAAACCCGAGCUUUUGCUGUCGUUUUUCGGAAUAUUGACAGAUCUCGAAUAUUUGGGUCAUGAUGGUGACAUGCCAGUACUUUACACCCAGGAAGUUUUGGCUACAUGCAUGCUUUUGGCAGUUAAGCAUAUCAAGGCGAUCAACGAGAAUGGCUCCGGUCGGAUUUCUAUCGACUCGAAUUCUGUGCGUGCCGACUUGAUUGUCAACACUAUUCGGUCUUCAAAUUCACCACAGAUCCAAAACAGACUCUUGUUAGUCAUUGCAGAGUUAGCUUCUCUUGCCCCAGAGAUUAUUCUUCAUUCUGUAAUGCCGAUUUUCACCUUUAUGGGUGCUCACACCAUUCGUCAAGACGAUGAGUUUUCCAGCUUUGCACUCCAAGACACUAUAGCAAAGGUAGUGCCGGCUCUUGCAAAGAGUGGAGCUUCGUCAUUCAGCAAUGAAAUCGAGUUCCUCUUGACAAGCUUUGUGACAGCAUUUCAACACAUUCCUAGACAUCGUCGAGUCAAAUUGUUCUCGUCUCUCAGCAAGACUUUGGGAGCAGGAAAUUCGAUUCACACCAUCCUCUUUUUAUCGGGAGUACAAUAUGCUUCCUUGUUUGGAAAGGGGAAGCAUGGAGAUUGUCUUUCCUUGUUAGAGUUCACGCAAGGUUAUAUGAAGCAAUUCCAGGCUUCCGAACAAUUAUCAGCUAUUCACAAAUUCUGUACCUUGUGGCAGCUCGUACCAACUAAACCACUUGAUCCGGAUUCUGACGAAUUUAGAAACUUGAACUCAAGGCCAAUAUUCGGUGCUUCUAUUUUAUCAUUAAAUGAUACUGAACUUGUCGAGUUAAAGGCAGGUUUGAUCACAUUUAUUGACAGCUUGUUGCAGACUGACGAAGAAUCGGUCGGUUACUUACAGCUCAGGGUCAACCAAUUGCUUUUAGACUCGCACUCCACCGAUGGUGAGAAGACGAUUAUCAUCGAUGGCUGCAAAAAUGUGGCUUCGUUGCUUUUGGGUUCUCUUGAUAAUUUUGGUCAAGUUUCAAAAAUGACAAAAGUAUCCGACAACUUGUACCAAUUCUUGGAUGACAUCUUGUCCCUUUUGCCGUUGGUAUAUUUCUUAGACUCUAUUAUUGACGUCUUGAAGAACCCAAUGGGUGUUGACAGGGUCGCUAUAAACUUUGCACGGUUAGCAGGCAACAAAAUAGAGAAUGAGUUGACAGCCUCGAAUUUGGAUGAACAGAUUCAAUUCUCGCUCUUUGAAAAGUUGGUUCCAGUUUUGAUUUCUGGAAUCAAGAGUAAUCAAGAUGCUGAAAUUAGCCAAGCAUAUAUGGAUGCUACAGCUCAAGCAGUUGCCAAGCUAGGUAACUGUACUACUUGCUUCAACGAGGCUAAGAAUGUCAGUGUGUUGAACGAAUGUUUGAGCAUCCUCACCUCAGAAUCAGGAUUGAAGAGCUCCAAGCCUGAGUGCAUCAUUUCUUCAAUGAACUGUAUAUCUUCGAUCAUCAAUAUCAUGGGAGUUAAAGCUAUUGGAUUUUUCCCAAAGAUUUUUGAGCCCACAGUGGAGAUCUGGAAGACGACAAAAACGAAUGAAGAGGACAUGCAACUUGUUCAAACUUCGGUAUUACUUCUCUUUGCUCAAUUGGUUAAGAAACUUCCCGCAUUUGUUACUUCGAAACUUGACAGUAUUUUCACUUGCACAAUUGGAAGUUUAGCAGUCGAUGCUACUGUUCGUUCAUCUAUUCUUUCCUCAAUUGUUGAGUAUGUCGAUACAGCGUAUGUGCUCAAGGCGUUAUGCAAUGUAUGGGGAGAAAUUUCUAAAAGUGACAAUGCUGAAGUCAUUGGUUUGUACUUGGGAGCCAUGGAAAAGACCAUUGAUCAAUUAGAGAAGAAAUCUGCAAUUUCUCAGGCUACUUUGUUCAUCAAGUGGAUGAUCAAGGCUUUUGAGUUCAGACUGAGUGUUAGCAAGAGUAGCCAAGACUUUGACACAAAUACGAUCCACAGACUUGAGUCGUCGUUCCACUCCUGUGGAUUGAGAUACGUUAUGAAACUCAAUGACAAGACGUUCCGUCCUUUGUUCGCUGGAUUGGUGAGAUGGGCUGUUAAUGGUGAAGGUAGUACUAGCGACACCGACGAAGUUAGUCGGUACAUUGCAUUCUUCCGGUUCUUCAACAAGGUUCAAGAGCAGUUGAAGAGUAUCAUAACUUCAUACUAUUCUUACCUCAUAGAUCCUGUUUCGAGUUUGUUGAAGAGAAUUGACACUAUGGAGGACAGCAUAAAUCUCAAGAGAAUGGUGUUCAAUUCAUUGACUUCAUCGUUCAAAUAUGACCAAGAUGACUUCUGGUCGCAGCCUCUGCGAUUCGAGAGUAUCUGUGGUCCAUUAUUGCAACAGAUACCUACUAUCGAGAAUAGUAUUGGAAAGUACUUGGUUAAAUGUGUCAGUGCAUUUGUUGUUAAUGUUUCAUCUGAAGAACACAAUGAAAAAUUGGUUCAUGGUUUGAUCCAUUACAUCUCCAAUGAGCAUUCCACAACCAAUAGCCAUACCAAGACAUGGACCAUUCGCAUCUUGAAGAGUGUAUUCCAGAAAAUGGGUGAUCAAUGGCUUUCCUACUUGCCAACACUCAUUCCAUACAUUGCCGAGUUGUUGGAGGAUGAUGAUGAAGAUGUAGAAUUGGAGGUAAGAAAGGGAUUAGUGAAGGUGUUAGAAAACGUUCUUGGUGAGCCAUUGGAUCGUUACUUGAACUAG